AUGGCCUCGCUUUCUACCUUUGCGUCGACCCCAAGCAAGAAAAGAGAGAUCGCUUUUCCGUCCACACCCGUCAGGCGGUGCACACCUCGUGCGGACACUAACGCGUCCGCGUCUGACCGCUUCAUCCCAAGCCGUGGAAACAUGUCCAAAUCACAAGCGCGCAUGUUGCUUACUUCGGGCGCAUCAUCGCGAGCUCCAGUCAGCAAACACGGGGACUCCGCUGCUGUGACCACGCCAGCACAGGAGAGCUAUCGUCGGCAACUAAACACGAGCCUGCUGGACGAUAUCCAGACGGCCUCGGGAACUCCGCGUCGCAUUCUUCAGUUCGGAGCCACGGAUAACGAGGCACACGGCGGCGAUGGGUCCACCAAGGGCCAUCAUAGGCUCGAAAAGAGCCGCGACUUCUGGGCGAGCCCGACAAUGGGCACCGCACCGACAGGCACCAAGACCGGCCAGAAACGCGGCGCGCCCUUGAAUCUGCAACAAAAGCACGCGGACCUGGUCCUCGACGCGCCGGACAUGGCGGACAAUUUCUACCUGAAUCUCCUAGACUGGAGCAGCAAGGGCGUGGUGGCCAUCGGGUUGGGGAGCGCCGUGCACGUGUGGAACAGCGAGACGGGGUCCGUGAGCGAGGUGGUGUCGGGCGACAGCGAUGUUACGUCCGUUGCGUGGGCUGACAAUGGAACGCAUCUCGCCGUCGGGUUUGAAGACCACGCGGAGUGCGUGCAGCUCUGGGCCGUCGAGCCGUGCAGGAAGAUUCGCGACUUGGCGGGGCACAGCGACCGCGUGAGCGCGAUGCACUGGGGAGCGUCGUACCAGCUCGCGACGGGCAGUCGAGACACGUCCAUCAUCACGCACGACGUGCGAGUGGCCAGCAACGCGGUAUCCCGCCUGCGCGGAGUGCACAGAGACGAGGUGUGCGGGCUCCGCUUCGCGCCCAUCUCCUCCGCCGGCAUCAGCGGCGGAUCCGCCGCCACCGUGCUCGCCAGCGGCGGAAACGACAACCUCGUCGCCGUCUGGGACCUCCGCCGCGCCGCUUCCGCGGCUGCCUCCGCUGCCUCCCUGGCGGGAACGGCUGGCGCUACGUCUGGCAUGGAAGCGAACCCUACAGCGCAAGCGUGCGUGCAUCGAUUCCCGCAACACCAGGCCGCGGUCAAGGCCCUCGCAUGGUGCCCCACGCAGCGGCACAUGCUGGCGACGGGAGGUGGGUCAAGCGACAAGAGCAUCAAGGUGUGGAACGCGCAGGAGGGAUCGCUGCUGUCGUCCACCUUCACGGGGUCGCAGGUCACGGGGCUGUCGUGGGGCCCCUCGUCGCGCCACCUCAUCAGCGCGCAUGGCUACAGCGACAACGCCAUCUGUGUCUGGGCCGUCGGCGCGAACGGUGGGGCGACUGCAAGCGCGAGCGCGAGCGCGAGCUUUGGCGUGGGAGCGGGUGUUGCUGGAGCUGACUCCCUGCUGCAAGUGGGCAAGCUUACAGGCCACCGCGGUCGCAUCCUUCAUAUGGCUGUGGCGCCCGACCGGCGAACAGUGGCCACGGCAGCAGCCGACGAGACCCUCCGCGUGUGGAAGCUCUUCGGGUCGUCGCCCCCCACUGCGGACGGCGCGAGGAGGAGAGAAAGGGGGAUGGGGGAGGCAGCGGUGGAAGGAGCGAGGGAGUGCGGCCAGGUAUACGAGGCGAUGAGAGGAUCCAAGAGCAUAAGGAUCUUUCUGAGCCAACAAACGCCUACCGCCCUCCCUCUCUCCGCUCGGUCGCCUGCUGCGACCAAGACCCAAGAUCGACUAACUCUAUCGUUACCACUGGGGAAGCCAUGA